AUGGACGUUCAGUGGAUUGCGAUGCUACUCACUCUGUUGUAUGUGAACUCCCAUGUUCUACACUACGAAAGUUCUAUAGCACACCGAGCUGCACGCGAAGCAGAUGAGGAUCCAUAUGGCGGGGAAGACGACCAAAAUAAAGAUAACGAGGAAAAACCCGCAAAAGAAAAUCCCUCCACUUCGUCGAGCUCGUUAUUUCAAGGUACUACAACGACGAAACGGCCAGCUGAUGACAAAAGUUCUGCUUCAACAACAACGUCUCCUACAACUUCCGAAUCGACUACUACAAGUUCAACUUCAACAACAACUUCUACGACUCCAAAACCUGAGAAUUGUGAAGACAAACUGAAUCCGAAAACUCAAGUCUCAGAUUGUCCACGAGUACAGUAUCUAUGCUACAAUCCGAUAUAUUCUAAAUUAAUGAUCGAACAAUGCCCGAAGACAUGCAGAAAAUGCAAAGAUUCUGCUUCAGACGAUUCGCCAUCGCCAAACAAAAACUGUGUUGACAAAACGAAUCCACGGACUCAGACGUCAGAUUGUUCAAGACUCACAUAUCUAUGCGAGAAUCCCAUUUAUUACAAUUUGAUGACAGAUCAGUGCCCAUACACUUGCAAGAGAUGCACCUAA